UUCAACCCAGGUAGUGGGCAGGCGGACGCGACACAGUUGGUUUAUUUAUUCGUCUGACUGGUCUAAAAAUCGGCGGUCCGGUAGGUGGCCCGGUCAUAAUUAUAACAACCCUCAGGCGUUUAUUUCUUCACCACUGGUCUAUAAACCGCGGCCGAUUGGUUAGCUUAUUGAUUGACAGGGAGCGGGUCCAAUCAGACUUUUAAAUGCACCGCCUCUUUGGCGGAAGUUGUCGAUUACGUUAAUUAUCGGUUAUUUUCCGUUGUUGGUAAAUAAAGUUGCUGGUAAUUAUUUACUCGUGGGAUAAGAGAGUGAAAGGAAACGGAAAAGAGACACAAAGACAAAGAAAGCAGGCAGCUUAGACGCAGCCACGGCACGGCCUUCACCUGACCCUGUGGCUGACGACGGUGCUGUUCUGCGGCACAUCAAAGACACGCACCUCCGCUGAAACUUAGAAGGAGGCAGGAUCAUCUCAACAUCCGAGUGACAACAAACAAGAACUCUCGCCCACCCGUGUUGUGAUUGGUCGGCUCAACUGUCCAUCAUUUGCUCCAGCUCUGGAGCGGCGGAGGCUGCAGCUUUUCCGCACUUCUUCAGUUGCGUCGAGGUGCGCACAGAAGCGCAGUCUGCGUCUCUGUUCCCCGUGCGUCCGCGGAUCAAACGGUACCAACAGAACCAGCAGCAGCAGCAGCAGCAGCGGUGUCAGAGGAUUUACCGUACCCCGCAUGUUCCUGGACCUUCCAAGUAGGAGGAUUCUGGUUCUGCUUCAUUUGUGUUCUGGCUCAUUGAGACUUUGAGGUUCUAUUUCCCUGAUGGUCACCAACAGCGCGCAGCCGCAGACAUGUGGAAUUAUCUGUGGAAAGUGCAGCGCGUCAUCUCUCUAGUCUGUUUGGUCCUGACGCUGCAGGCUCAGGUGUCCCACUCCACCGGUUACUUUGAGCUCCAGCUGUUGUCAGUGGAGAACCCUGGAGGUCAGCUGCUGAAUGGUGACUGCUGUGACUCAGAGAAAAGCGCCUCUGAGGGGGACUGUGGUACUGAUGAGUGCGACACCUACUUCAGAGUGUGUGUGAAGGAAUACCAGACGGAGGUCACCACCACCGGACCCUGCACCUACGGCUCAGAAACAACCAAAGUUAUCGGUGGGAAUACUUUUCAGUUUAGAGGACAGAAGGGAGGAACGAGCCGCAACAACGAGGCCGGGAAGAUCAUCGUUCCCUUCGACUUUGCCUGGCCGAGAGCCUACACCGUGAUAGUUGAGGCCUGGGACAAAGACAACAGCAGUCACAGCAAUGACGAGGAGCUGCUGAUCGAACGCAGCAUCCACAAAGGAAUGAUGAACCCUGGAGAGGAGAAGCAGACGGUGGAGUACAAAAGUCUGGUGGCCAGAUUUGAGUACACCGUCCGUGUCCGCUGUGAUGAACACUACUACGGCAGCAAGUGCAACAAGGUCUGCCGUCCCAGAGACGACUACUUUGGACACUACGUGUGUGAUCAGUUUGGAAACCAGGGCUGCAUGGACGGGUGGACCGGACCAGACUGUACAAGAGCAAUCUGCAGACAGGGGUGUAGUGCCUGGCAUGGAACCUGCAGUGCUCCAGGAGAAUGCAAGUGUAACUAUGGCUGGCAGGGUCCCCUCUGUGACCAGUGCCUCCCCUACCCUGGCUGUGUGCACGGCACCUGCACUGAGCCCUGGCAGUGUUCCUGUGAGAAGAACUGGGGAGGUCUGCUGUGUGACAAAGAUCUAAACUACUGUGGCACCAACACACCCUGUAAGAACGGAGGAACCUGUAUGAACACAGAACCUGACGAGUACAACUGUGCCUGUCCUGACGGAUACUCAGGGAAGAACUGUGAGAUCGCCGAACAUGCCUGCGUCUCCAACCCCUGUGCCAACGGAGGAACGUGCCAUGAGGUUCCAUCAGGCUUUGAGUGUCACUGUCCUGCAGGCUGGUCUGGACCGACCUGUGCCAAAGACACAGAUGAGUGCGAGCUGAGCCCCUGUGCCCAGGGUGGGACCUGUGUUGACCUGGAGAAUGGCUUCAAGUGUCUCUGUCCCCCACAGUGGACGGGAAAGACCUGCCAAAUUGACGUGGUUGAGUGUUCGGGGAUCAAGCCUUGCCUCAAUGCUUACUCUUGCAAAAAUCUCAUUGGUGGAUAUCACUGUGCCUGCUUUCGCGGAUGGGUGGGCAAGAACUGUGACAUCAAUGUAAACAGCUGCCAUGGACAAUGUCAGAAUGGAGGAUCCUGCAAGAAUUUGCCCAGAGGUUACCAGUGCCUCUGUCAGCCAGGAUUCAUGGGUCGUCACUGUGAGCUUCAGAGGAACCGUUGCUCCAGCAGUCCCUGUAGAAACGGAGGCCGAUGCCACACCCUGCUGGACGGCUUCAUCUGCAAGUGUCCCUCAGGUUUCUCCGGGAGCACCUGUGAGGUCCAGGUUGAUCCCUGCAGCCCCAACCCCUGUCGGAACAAGGCCCAGUGCCAUGGCCUGAUGGGAGAUUUUUACUGCAGCUGCCCUGAGGACUACGAGGGUAAAACCUGCUCAGAACUGAAAGAUCACUGCAAGACCAACCAGUGUGAAGUAGUUGACAGUUGCACUGUUGCCGUGGCGACCAACGACACCCAAACUGGGAUGCGGCACAUCUCGUCUAACGUGUGCGGACCACACGGCCGCUGCAUCAGUCAGCCUGCAGGCAACUUCAGCUGCUCCUGUGAUCAUGGAUUCACCGGCAUCUACUGUCACGAGAACAUCAAUGACUGUGCACUGUUGCCCUGUAAGAACGGAGGAACCUGCAUCGAUGGAAUUAGCUCCUUUGAGUGUUUCUGCCCUGAUGGCUGGGAGGGCAGUUUGUGUGACGUGGAUGUGAACGAGUGCAGCAGGAACCCGUGUCAGAACGGGGGCCAGUGUGUGGACCUGUUCAACGACUUCUACUGCAACUGUGUCAACAACUGGAAGGGGAAGACCUGCCAAUCACGUGAGAGCCAGUGCGACUCCACUACUUGCAGUAAUGGAGGGACAUGUUAUGACCAUGGUGACUCCUUCCUGUGCAGCUGUACAUCAGGGUGGGGGGGCAGCACCUGUAACACAGCCAAGAACAGCUCAUGUGACUCCAGUCCGUGUCAGAAUGGAGGCACCUGUGUGGGUGGAGGAGACACCUUCACCUGCAUUUGCAAAGAUGGAUGGGAAGGACCGACCUGUGCACAGGAUGUUGAUGACUGUAAUCCUCAUCCAUGCUACAAUGGUGGCAUCUGUGUCGACGGCGUGAACUGGUUCCGUUGUGAAUGUGCGCCAGGAUUCGCGGGACCCGACUGUCGCAUCAACAUAGACGAGUGCCAGUCGUCCCCCUGUGCUGAUGGUUCCACCUGUGUUGAUGAAAUCAACGGCUACAGCUGUGUUUGUUCUCCAGGAUAUGCAGGAGCCCGCUGUCAGGAGUAUGUUGGACUGGGAAAAUCCUGUCAUCAUGAUGGACUUCUGUUUCCUCACGGCAGCAGGUGGGACGAGGACUGUAACACCUGCCAGUGCGUCAAAGGACACGUCCACUGCACCAAGGUGAGGUGUGGCCGUCGGCCCUGCCUGCUCCCUCAUGCUCCUCCUACUGCUCCUGCACCUCCUCGUCCUCCUCGUCCUCCUCCUGGUGACUUGGACCUUUGGUCCUGCCCUGGAGGUCAUGAGUGUGUGGAGCAUCAGUUUCUCACUUGCUUCUCUCCACCGUGUCACCGCUGGGGCGUGUGUUCGAUGCCGGAGCCUCCCACUCCUCUGCACACCCAGUGUGAGCCCAACAGUGGUUACCUUGACAACAGCUGCGCUCGCAUCACGCUCAUCUUCAAGAAAGACAAAGUUCCACAGGGCACCACGGUGGAGAACAUCUGCUCGGAGCUCAGGUAUCUUCCUGUGACUCAGACUCUGGCUGAAGAGCGAGCUCUGCUCAUCCUCUGUGACCUGUCCUUCACCAACAGGGACGCCGUCGAGGUGGCAAUGUCGUUCGAGCAGAACGGUCAGUCUCAGGACGGCGACCUCGGUCAGAUCCAGAAAGCUGCCAGUGCUGUUGUCGCGGCUCUGUCCAAACGCCACAACAGCACAGUGAUGUUAGCAGUGGUGGAGGUUAAAGUGGAGACAGUAGUGAAGUCUCCCCCUGCUGGUUACCUCGUGCCUGUGCUGGUCGGCGUCUUCAGCAUCCUGUGGCUUUUCUGCAUUGUGAUCUGCAUCUGGUGGACACGCAAGCGCAAGAAAGAGCGAGAGAGAGCGUCCAGGACCUCUGAGGACCUGACCGUUAACAACAAGCUGGAGACAUCCUGUACCAAUGUCCACAAGGACAACCGUGACAGAGACAUUCAGUACGAAUGCAAGAAACUCAUGAGCUCCUCAGAAAGGACAUGUGACGAGGAGGGCGGGGAGGAAGUGGAGCUUCGAAUGGAGGAGAUGGAGGAGGAAGACGAGGACACGCUAGAUAAGUGUCCAACUCAGAAGUGCUCUAUAGCGGGCACCAAGCAGGACAGGGGGAUGAUGGGAAAGGCAGGGAUGAUCUGCACGACACGCAGUGGUCCGGUGAAGCCGCCGCAUCGGACAGCAUACAGCCACAAGGACAACCGGUGUAAAAACCUGAACGCCGCUAAACUUAGCGAAGACAUUAAAGAACAUUACGUGUGAGAGGAAGAAAAUACUGUCACAGACAUUUUUCAAGCACCAAAAGUGAAGAUAUUUUUUUGUUCCUCACGCUUUUUAAUUGUGUUUUCUGCAGCGACGAUGGAGACUUAUUUACCAAAACGCAAGAAAGACUAAGAUAAAGAACAAUAAUGUGGCGACUUAUUGAUUCUACCUUUCAGGUCUGGAAUCAAGAACUUAUUUUCCACAGUAUGUGAUGGGUUAUAUUUUCUGUUCAGCAGAUGGUUUCACUACAACUAACAAUAGACUGUCUAUAAGUAAUCGACUUAACCAUCUAGUUUAGUCACCUUUGUUAUUCAAAGGUGACUAAAGUCGACUUUCUCUGGAUAAGAAAACAAGGAGCAAAUCAGAUUUUCAGGGCAUUUCACGGCCGAUAUUUUUAAAAUGUCUUAGGUAGAAUUAGUAGGUGUUCCACAAGGAUCUACUCUAGGACCAUUUUGCGUCUUAUUUACAGACUGACAUGCCCAGACAGGAGACAUUCAGAUUGCAAAUCUCUUUAAACUGACCUUAAAGUUAUUCCUGUUUGUAUAAAUCAAGCUACUGAUGUACAAAUGUUACUUUCCUAUUAUUGUUUAGUUUUCUUUAUCUGGCAGUCAUUUAUGCAAACAAAGGGGCAUUAGUUAAAGGAGUUCCACAGGUUUCUGUUUUUUCAUUUUCAUUCCUCAACUUAAUCUUUUCAUUGAAAACUCAGUUUCCAUCAAAAGUCUUUUGCAGAUGACUCUCUGUUUAUCAAUUUGUCCCUGUUUUACUUUUAACUGGAUGGUUUUGUCAAUUUCUUAUACACAAUCUACCCGAUCGACUCUUAACCGUUUAAGAAUUUAUCUUGAAAGACAUUGGCUGGCAGCUGUUGUUUCCACCGCUCCGUUAGUACUAGUGUUAGCUUCUCUGUCUGCCUUAGCCUGAAUCUACAGGACCUUUUCUACACUCUCACUUGUCAUUGUUUAUAUAAAGAUUUGGUUCUUAAAAAAAAGUUUUUUAUACAGCUCGUUUGUUGGCACUGUAUGAUACCUGACCUGGAAAUAUGUCUUUUCUCUUUUUUUGCGCGUUUACAUCUUCAAACCUGUUUUCUCUUUUCUUACAUAUUUGUGGCCACUUAAUGUUUAAAGACAUUUUCAGUAUUUGUUUGGUAGGAAAGUGCCUUCACUUCUUCUGUUUCUCUUCUUUUUAACCUUUGUCUGCGACUUUUUUUAUAAAGACACAAAGGGAAAUUAAAGACUCUUCCUGCAGCAGUUAGUUUUUUAUGUAAAAAUGUAAAUAUAGAAAAAAAAAUGGCUGAUGUAUAUUUGAGUUAAGUAACUUAAGUCAUGCGUUGUACCAUAGUUAUUCUAAAAAAGAUUGUUUUGUGCUUGUUUUUGUUCUUUUUCUAAAUAAUGUCAUUCCUUUUACCAGUGUCUUUCGCCACUAUGACAGAAUUUUUUAACAAGGUUUGGGCAAAGUGUUUCCUGAAGUCUGUUAGAAGACUGAUCUUAUUGUUGUUCUGUGUUGUUUAUUUUAUUUUGCUGUUGUUUGUUGUCACUGUUGGGCUGAAGGCCACGUCCACACCACUAGGUUUUCAAGGUUGUUUUUAAUCCAGAGGCAACAGGAUGAAUCUGAAUUCAUUGAUUUAAACUGUUUUUACGUUUGAAAAUAUUUUUUUAUAAACAAGGGCAACCAAGUUUACCUCACUCUGUGGGGUACAAAAAGGUUGGAGUAAAAAAAACCUCAACGUCUUGUAAUAAAUUAGGAAAAGCUGAAUGUCCAUCACCAGUUUAGUUACCGUUAAUGGAAACAAGUGUAAUUGUGGGUCAGAUCUCUGUCUGGUCUGGAUUUACUGAGGACCACCCUACGUGUUUUGCGUCGAAGAGGGACAGCGGCCCAUAUGUUGUCUUUUUGCACAGUUGGGCUCCUCAGUGACUGAAUGUUUGGUUGCCCAGAAAAUGCAGCGUUUGGUUCCUCCAAACACUGAGGCUGCUGCUGACUGAAGACAUUGGUGAAGCAGACUCUAAGGAUUUCAAACCAUACCGUAGUGGUGUGGACGGAGCCACAGGGUCUGUGUGUUUCUGAGUGAGUGUGCAACGUGAUGAGCAGCAGAUGUAAGUGCUUCAGCUUCAGUUGUCCUUCAACAUUUCAUUUCUUAAGAAACACACAAAAUCUCCAGUGCAGCUACCGUCGGGGAUAAAAUCUUGUGUCAUUGUCACAGUUUGAUUUUUGUUCUCAAAUCUGAUGGAUCAACAACUUUUUCUGUGCCGCCGUCAGAAACUGAAUAUCACAGGUGUGGUGACCAGUCUCCAUCCACCAACUGUGAUUCCAGGUCAGACUGACUGAGUCACUGGGUCCAAAUAAUUUGGUCUUAUUAGCAUUGGAGUUGUUUGGUUUUAGAGUCUGUCAGAGUGUGGUGAGAAUCCCCUUCAGUUCUUCUCCUUCAGAGAUCCACUCUGAGACUAUAAGAAUUGGGAUGCCACCCAU